AUGAAUGUUCCUCUUUACCUUCUGACCUUCGCUCACUUGAUUUGCGCCGCCGCCGGAGAAAAGCACGUCUCUUUGGAGCGCCAACUUCUGGAGGAGGGGAUCAGUUCGGGACGCAGGACUUGCAGGCUCUACUGUAGGGUUGGCAUUGGCUUCCAUCUCCAGAUUCAUCCCGACGGCAGAGUCAACGGCAGCCAUGAGCCCAACCAGCUGAGUGUCCUGGAGCUCUUUGCAGUUUCUCAGGGGGUCAUCGGCAUCAAAGGGGUCUACAGCAACAGAUUCCUGGCCAUGAAUAAAAGAGGACGGCUCCACGCCACUGAAUGGUUCACCGACGACUGUAAGUUCAGGGAACGCUUCCAGGAGAACAGCUACAACACUUACGCCUCAGUAAUCCACAGGAACCACAGGACUGGUCGCGAGUGGUUUGUGGCCCUCAAUAAGAGAGGGAAAGCUAAGAUGGGCUCCAGCCCGCGGGUCAAAUCCCAGCAUGUCUCCACCCACUUCUUGCCAAGGGUCAGCCUGCAUGACAAGAGCGAGCAAGGCUUCACCAUCACAGAAAGGAGCAAAGAGAGGAGGAAAUCCCCACCGCCAGCGCCGCCCAAACCGCCUUUAGCGAAGGCUAGCAUUCACGCGGGAACAGCGCCGAGACGUACGCAAGUCAAGUACUGGCCCAAGUUUCGGUUUGGAUAG